UGGAAACGACAGGCUGUGGUCUAUCUUGGUUUAGUUAUAGAAAUAUUUGCUCUCCCUCGAGCGGGUGUCAUCAGCGUCUAGGCUCGAGACUAGUUAGUUAUAGUAGUAACCCCACCGAAACAGAUGACUGUUGCAUAGGCCUACAUGACCUAAUGAGAUGUUGGACUCAGAAGACUGCACUUUGUCCCUGGAUAACCUCUUCUUUGAGAGGCCAGUUGUCCACAAAGUAAAGCCACUUUGUCAAGAGCAGAGUUCUUGGCAGUUGGAACCCCCUCUGUCCCUCUCCCAGAUCCCAGCCACUCAGGACAUCCAGAAAGAGGCAGAGGGUCUUUCAUCAUUCAGUUUCUCUCAGAAGUCCAACAAAUUCCUUCCCCCUUUGAAAAGAGCUGCUGACGGUGAUGGUUUCACUCCCAAGAAUAACAAAUUAAAUCAGAAUACCAGUGAUGGAAGAAAAGAACCUGAGGCACAGGGCGGGUGUGCCCUUUGGGCUCGGGAAGACUUCAUGAAUAAAUCCCAGGAUACCAAAAAAGUUAGAGGUCAAACUAAAACCCCACAUGAGUCUGGUCAUGCACUGGAGCAGAAACAUUUCCCUCUGGAGUUCAGCCAAAGCCCACCUCUACGGAGAAGUUUGUUCAAACCUCCCAGUGGACAGGUGUUGAACAGCAGCGCAAACUCAAACAGAGGCCUCAACCAGGCACGACCCGGAGUGCAGCAAACGUUCGACCAGGUUUCUAUGGCGACAGAGCCUCGGCUGGCAAAGCAGUCGGCAGCAGGCUCCGGCCCCCUCACCGAUCUGGGCCCGCCUACAGCCCGGGGACCACCACAGAAGACACAGGACAAGGGCACCAAGAGGGCUCAUGUUCUCCCCAUGACACCCCAACCCCUUCACAUACAAAAUACUUCUGGGCCUGGGAUACUCCGACCAAUCUCUGAAAUCCCUGCUAAAUUUAGAUCGGUCUUCAAAGAGUUCCCUUACUUCAACUACGUUCAAUCAAAAGCCCUAGAUGACGUUCUAUACACGGGUAAGAACUUUGUGGCUUGUGCUCCUACGGGCUCUGGUAAGACUGUGCUUUUUGAGUUGGCCAUCAUCCGCCUACUGAUGGAGACCACAGAGCCCUGGAGAAACGUCAAAGCUGUGUACAUGGCCCCCAUCAAAGCUCUUUGCAGCCAGCGCUUUGAGGACUGGAAGAACAAAUUUGGGCCUCUGGGCCUGAGCUGCAAGGAGCUGACUGGAGACACAGAGAUCGACGACUUCUUUGAGAUUCAAGACGCCAAUAUCAUCAUGACCACACCUGAAAAAUGGGACAGCAUGACGAGGAAGUGGAGGGAUAACUGCCUGCUGCAGUUGGUCCGGCUUUUCCUUAUUGAUGAGGUGCACGUGGUGAAGGACCCUAUGCGCGGAGCCACACUAGAGGUGGUGGUGAGCAGGAUGAAGGCGGUCCAUGCCUACCGUGCAGCAGAGAACCCUCAGGAGGACGUCUCCAUGAGAUUUGUGGCCGUCUCCGCCACCAUCCCCAAUACCAAGGAUAUAGCAGACUGGCUGUGUGACGACAGAGACCCUGCUACUUGUCUGGAGAUGGAUGAGAGUCACAGACCGGUGAAACUGAGGAAAGUAGUGCUGGGUUUCCCCUGCAACAGCAACCAGACUGAGUUCAAGUUCGACCUGUCACUCAACUACAAGAUGGCCAACAUCAUCCAGACCUAUUCGGACCAGAAACCAACACUUGUUUUUUGUUCAACAAGGAAAGGAGUCCAGCAAUCGGCCACUGUUCUGGCCAAGGAUGCCAGGUUCAUCAUGAGUAUUGAGCACAAACAAAGGUUGGUGAAUUAUGCAAACUCUCUCCUGGACCAAAAACUCAGAGACUUGGUGUCGUUUGGAGUUGGUUUCCACCACGCCGGAGUUGACGUGUCAGACAGGAAGCGAAUCGAGGAGGCCUUCAACAUGGGAGACCUGCCUGUGCUGUUUACAACUAGUACUCUGGCGAUGGGGGUGAACCUGCCAGCCCACCUGGUGGUAAUCAAGUCCACCAUGCACUACAUCGGGGGCGCCUGUGAGGAGUACAGCGAGGCCGACAUGCUGCAGAUGAUUGGCCGAGCAGGCCGGCCACAGUUUGAUACAUCAGCGACCGCAGUGAUCAUGACCAAGACUCAAACCAAAGACAAGUACAUGCAGUUCAUGAAUGGAGCAGAAAUCAUCGAAAGCAGCCUGCAUACCCACCUGGUGGAGCACCUGAACGCUGAGAUUGUCCUCCACACCAUUUCAGACGUCAACAUGGCCUUGGACUGGAUCCGCUCCAGCUUCCUCUACAUCCGAGCUCUGAAGAACCCCAGACACUAUGGCUUUUCCACUGACUUGGACCGAUGUGGAAUCGAAGCCAAAUUGCAAGAGCUCUGUCUGAAGAACUUGAAUUCCCUGGCCUCCAUUGGUCUGAUCUCCAUGGAUGAGGAUGUUAACAUCAAAGCUACAGAGGCAGGCAGGCUGAUGGCAAGGUACUGUGUUGCGUUUGACACCAUGAAGCAGUUCAGCAAGGUGACAGGCACUGAGACCUUACCUGAGCUGAUAGAAUUGAUGGUGAAGGGCAGAGAGUUCACUGACGUGCAGCUGAGAGUGAACGAGAAGAGAACCCUGAACACGUUGAACAAGGACAAGAACAGGAUCACUAUCAGGUAUCCCAUGGAGGGAAAGAUCAAAAACAAAGAGAUGAAGGUGAACUGUUUGAUUCAAGCCCAGUUUGGCUCCAUUCCAAUCCAAGAGUUUGGACUUGCACAGGACACAGGGAGAAUCUUCAGAAAUGGAGUCCGAAUCAGCAGAUGCUUGGCAGAGUUCCUGAACCAGCGCUCCAAGACAGGCUUCUCUGCUCUACUCAACUCCCUGAUACUGGCCAAGUGCUUCAGGGCCAAGCUGUGGGAGGACUCUCCUUACGUCUCAAAGCAGCUGGAGAAAAUAGGGUUGUCUCUGUCGACGGCCAUGGUGAACGCUGGGCUCACCACUUUCAACAAGAUAGAGCAGACCAACGCCAGGGAACUGGAGCUGAUUGUCAACAGACAUCCUCCGUUUGGAAACCAAAUCAGAGACGCUGUCAUCAAUCUACCCAAGUAUGAAGUUAGUUUGGAGCAGCUUCCAAGAUACAACAUCGCCACCGCAGAGAUUGUCGUGACUGUGAAUGUGAAAAACCACGAACAGCUACUGUCAAAGAGAACCACUCAUGACCACCACUAUGUCACAAUGAUCAUCGGGGACUGUGACAACAACGUGGUCUUCCUGCAAAAACUCACGUAAAGAUUAGGACUGGCAUUUCCAGAAAUGUCGUCACACACAGACACGACCUGAUACACACAUGCAUAGAGACACACUUUACCUAAAGCUUGUAGGUGGAGACAGAACAUAUUAAAAGUGUAUUAUAAAACAUUUUAAAGGGUCAUACAUACUUAUAACAAGUUAUAAAGCUUUGUACCUGCAGGCUUUAAGUAAAAUGUUGCUGUCAUACACUUAUAGAAGGAAAACAGUGAAGGAAAGAGAGCAGAAGAGAGGGAGAACAUGAAAGGGAAAGAAAUAUGUAAGGGAGAGCGACUGUAUUGUGUGUACAUCCAGAGACUUGAUGCUGUUGAAGUCGGGAAACUGGUCAAAGAAGAUCGAAGUGGCAAAAGCCUUCAAAGGAGAGGAGAUCAGUGUGAAUCUAAUCAGCUCAGAAUACGGUCAGGCAGUUAACUGUCAGGAUUUUACGUUUGUUAUUGUUCAAAACACACUUGUACAAACUACAUAAAACUUCUAAAAGGCAGUUUAAGUCUAAUUUAAUUGUUUCAGUGAGAAUUGUAAAAAGUAAGAAUAUACACCUCCUUCUAUUAACUACUCUGAGAUCUUGCUCUCUGCAGUGGGGUUGGACAUUCAGCAGAAGUUUAGUGCCUUCUACUCUGGACCAAAGAGGUAUGGAGGUGAAUCAUUCACACCU